CCGGGCCGGGGCGCUCCACCACUCCUCCGCGGAGGGGUCGGCGGCACCGGGCAGCACCGGGCCCCGCCGGGGAGCUCCGGGCCCCGCCGGGGAGCACCGGGAACACCGCGCAGCACCGGGCCCCCCGGGGAGCACCGUGAGCACCAGCAGGACCGUGAGCGCCAGCAAGACCGUGACCACCGGCAGGACCGGGAGCACCGGGAGCACCGGGCCGGGCGGCUGCGCGGUCCCUCCCGCCCCGCCGCGCCGCGGCCUGCAGGCGCGGCGGGGACACCCCAGGCCGGUGACAUGGCGGAGGGGGGUGCAGGGGUGGCCAAGCGUGUGGCGACCCUCCUCUCCGGGCUGCUGGAGUGCGGGGCCUUCUGCGGCGUCAUCUUCGGCUGGGCCUCCCUCGUCUUCGUCCUCAAGGAUCUGCACUACUUUGCGGACCUGUGCCAGCCCAUCAACAGCUCCGGCCACAACUGGACUGACUGCAGCUGGCAGAGCGAGCAGUUCUCCCUCGUCUUCACCAUCGGCUCCUUCAUGAACAACUUCAUGAUCUUCCCUAUGGGCUUCAUCUUCGACCGCUUCGGCACCACCAUCGCCCGCCUCAUCGCCAUCUCUCUCUACACUGGCGGGACCCUGCUCGUUGCCUUCUCCACCCCAGAGCUGGCCGUGCUGCUCUUCCCAGCCAUGUCCAUGCUGUCAGUGGGCGGCAUCCUCCUCAUCCUCACCAACAUGCAGGUGGGCAACCUCUUUGGGAAGUACCGCUCCAUCAUCAUCACCUUCUACAACGGGGCCUUCGACUCCUCGUCCGCCAUCUUCCUCAUCAUCAAGGUGCUGUACGAGCACGGGCUGUCCCUGCGGGCCAUGUUCCUCUUCCUGGCAGCCUGCAGUGCCUGGCACCUGCUGCGCACCCUCUUCCUCAUGCCCCGCACCCACAUCCCCUACCCACUGCCCCCCGCCUACAACUACGGGCUGCGGUGCUCGAGGCGGUCCCAGUCCUACCGCACCUACGAGGAGAAGCGCCCGCCGGGGGAGGCCGGCCUCGAAGAGACCCCCCUGGAGCCCAGCGCCCCGAGAGGUGGCGGGGACCCCCCUGGGCCAUCCUUUGGGGCCUGCGUGUGCUCGUGGCUCUUCGCCUGGCACGUGGUCUGGCUCUCCGCCAUGCAGCUGCGCCACUACCUCUUCAUCGGCACCCUCAACCCCCUCCUCGACCACCUGGCCAGCGGAGAUCCCCACCAGGUGAGCACCUACACCAACGCCUUCGCCUUCACCCAGCUCUGCGGGGUGCUCUGUGCCCCAUGGAAUGGCCUCAUCCUCGACCGACACAAGCGGGGCAAGACCCCCCACCCUGAGGGAGCCCUGGGGGCACUGGCAGACCUGCGGGCGUCCAUCCUGUCGCUGGUGGUGACGGUGAUGCAGUGCGUGCUUUUCUCCAUCUGCGCGGCGGUGCCGAUGCUGCCCGUCCAGUUCGCCACCUUCGUGCUGCAGGUGGUCAGCCGCUCCUUCCUCUACGGGGGCAACGCCGCCUUCCUGGCCAUCGCGUUCCCCCCGAAGCACUUUGGGAAGCUGUACGGGCUGGCCAUGGCGCUGUCGGCGCUGGUGGCCCUGCUGCAGUACCCCUGCAUCGCCCUGUUGCGCGGGCCGCUCAACGGGGACCCCUUCUACGUGAACUUGGGGCUCAUCCCUGUAGUACUGGUGGCCUUUGGCAGUCCCGUGGUGGUGGCCCGCGAGUGCCGGCGGCGAGCCAAGGAGCUGGGGGCUGCCGGUACACCCCUCACAGCCCCCCCAGGCACUGAGACCCCCGACGAGAUGCCCCACUGAGCCCCACACCCGCCAGCUGCCGACCCAGCACCUGUGGCACACAAUUUUUCUAUUGGACUUGGCGUGGGGAUGCUGUGCCAGUGGAACGGGGUGUGUUUUGGUGGGGGAAUAAAUACUGAUGCCCCCUU